UUAAAAACGCCGGGGGCCGUGUUCCCUCCGCUCGCCCUCGACGGUAUACGUGCGUAACGCUUGCGCGCCCAGCUCGGCGGUGGGUUUGCUCAAGAAAGAAGAGAGCUCGUACGUCUCUGCGCACGACUACGUGGUUGGGUAGCAGAUGGCCGGGGGCGGAGGCGGGCGGGACCUGCCGGACACGCCGACGUGGGCGGUGGCCCUCGUGUGCGCCGUCAUAGUGCUCGUUUCCGUCGCCAUGGAGCACGGCCUCCACAAGCUCGGCCAUUGGUUCCAUACGCGGCAGAAGAAGGCUAUGCGGGAGGCGCUCGAGAAGAUCAAAGCAGAGUUGAUGCUGAUGGGCUUCAUAUCCCUGCUCCUCGCCGUGGGGCAAACGCCCAUCUCCAAGAUAUGUAUCCCUACCAAGGCUGGCAACGUCAUGCUGCCGUGCAAACUGAAGAAGGACGGCAAGAGCAGCGGCGAUGGCCACCGGAGGUUACUCUGGUACCUUGAAGAAGAAGCCAACCAUCGUCGAUUCUUGGCCGGCGCGUCUAAUGACGACUACUGCGGUAAAAAAGACAUGGUAUCCCUGAUCUCGGCAAAAGGUGUUCACGAGCUGCAUAUAUUCAUCUUUGUGCUUGCUGUGUUCCAUGUUGCUUACAGCGUAGCCACAAUGGCUUUAGGGCGUCUGAAAAUGAAAAGAUGGAAGAAAUGGGAAUCAGAGACCAACUCACUGGAAUAUCAGAUGGCAAACGAUCAUUCACGAUUCCGAUUCACCAAUCAAACAUCGUUCGUGAAGCGGCAUCUGGGCCUCUCAAGCACCCCUGGAGUCAGAUGGAUAGUGGCAUUCUUCAGGCAGUUCUUUGCGUCGGUCACCAAGGUGGACUACCUGACCAUGCGGCAAGGCUUCAUCAAUGCGCAUUUGUCGCACAAUAGUAAAUUCAAUUUCCAGAACUACAUCAAGCGGUCACUGGAGGACGACUUCAAAGUCGUCGUUGGCAUCAGCCUUCCGCUGUGGUUUGUGGCGAUCUUCAUACUCUUCCUUGAUAUCAACGGACUCGGCACGCUUAUUUGGAUCUCUUUUGUACCACUCGUUAUCCUCUUGCUAGUUGGAACCAAGCUAGAGAUCGUCAUCAUGGAGAUGGCCAAAGAAAUACAGGACAAGGCAACUGUCAUCAAGGGAGCACCAGUAGUUGAGCCAAGCAACAAGUUCUUUUGGUUCAACCGGCCUGACUGGGUCCUGUUUCUCAUACACUUGACACUGUUCCAGAAUGCAUUCCAGAUGGCGCAUUUCGUCUGGACACUGCUCACCCCAGGGUUGAAAAAGUGCUACCACGAACGCUUGGGCCUGAGCAUCAUGAAAGUUAUGGUGGGGCUGGCUCUUCAGGUCCUCUGCAGCUACAUCACCUUCCCGCUCUAUGCACUGGUUACACAGAUGGGCACGCACAUGAAGAAGACCAUCUUCGAGGAGCAGACGGCCAAGGCGCUGAUGAAAUGGAGGGACGCGGCCAAGGAGAAGACGAGGCAACGGGAGGCAGGGCUCGACGGGUUGAUGAGCGGCGACACCACGUCACCGAGCAACUCGCCGGUGCACCUGCUCCACAAGCACAUGGGGAGGUCGGACGAUCCCCAGAGCGCCCCGACCUCGCCUAGGCGGGGGCAGGAGGUCGGAGACAUGCAGCAUCGGCUGCACAGUCUAGACUCGGGGUGGAGGAGGGCGGCCGUGGAUAUUGAUAUCGCCGAUGCUGAUUUUUCGUUCAGUACUCAACAGUGAUCAGACGAAUUUGUAUAGCCUGCUUGUCUUUUCUUUUGUAUAGCAUGCACAGGAGGAAAUAUUGACACGCUAGGGAAGUUACGUUUAUUAUUAUUAUUAUUAUUAUUAUUAUUA